AUGUUCUCCGAAUAUGCUUCCCGUUUUCUUGCCCAGUCUCAAUCCCGAAUAGCUACUCGACCUGAGGAGAAUCAUUGGAAUGGAGGUGACCGUCAUAAAAGAUCGAACAAUGGCAGCUCUCGGUUUCCCGCCUCGCGCUCGUACCUCUACCGAGCUAUCGGUAACCCUUAUCAACCGGUUGCAUCGCAACUAUCCCACUUUCCGUUUGCCUCUCGGUCGUUAGCUCAGCCUGCGCCUCUCUUUUAUAGCGCCACGGAUGAGUUUCGCGAAGAGGAUGAUGAGCACGAGCACGAACGAGAAAUAGCGGACUAUUACGCCCUGCAAAGGUCGAGACGUCAUUUCGGUAACAGCCAUCUAGAGGAGUCCUCGGAGCUAGAUGAAGAUGGAAGAGAAUCAGAGGCUUCUCGAGAUCAGCACCUAGACCGAGGACCUGGUGGUAGAGGCAAUGGUAUAAAAAGCUCUUGGCGUGAUGAAAGGACCAGUGGUCGAAGCCUCAACUCAAGAAACAAGUUCAUCACGGCACAAACCAAAACUGAAGAGGAAUACAAUGGAGAUCACGAGAGCGCGAGCGGUAAAGAAAGAAUGGUUGAUGUCGGUCUCGAGGACACACUGAGGACCGAGCUGGAGGACUUUGAACGUGAUUCUCACCCCUCGGACUUUGUUGAGGAUGAUCCACCUAUACAGCAAUUCCGCAAGCAGCCAGAAGCCUCAAGCAAUUAUUUACAGUCAAAUUCUUCCUUCAUACCCCGGGAAACUGACAAGCAGACUUUGUUGGAACAUCCCCGCCCACCCAGCUCUACAGGCUCAUCAGCCCCUCCGUCGAUGACACAACACGAACUUGACCCCCCGACAUAUGACAGCUUCUGGGGACACUUGUUUCUUCUCUCUUUAAUUGGGCUGUUUGCAACCGCUUUUCUUGUCUACUUGCAUACAUCAUUGCCUUCAGAAGGUAAAUGGAGGUGGGGCGACACGAUCUACAUUACGAUUCAUAAGUCUUAUUUCCUACUCGGCAUUUAUACAUUGGUCUCUAUUUUUGUCUCUCUGUUAUGGCUCGCUCUCUUGCGAUCUUACAUACGGCUUCUCGUACAUGGAAUGCUGGUGAUUGUCCCAGUGAUCUUGUACUCUUUUUCCCUCUAUCCUUUCAUCUCAAGUUUCAAAGGUUCGUGGCAUGGUGAGAGCAUCCAGGACAAGGUAAUGCGUUGGGGCUCUAUCUUCCCAUUCAUCCUUGCUACACUCUGGAUCUAUGCCGUCGUACAGGGCCGCCACGCGACGGGCAAAGCAGUCAGCAUAUUGGAAUUUGCAUGUCGGAUACUCGCUGCAAAUCCUGCUCUCCUUGCCCUGGGCCUUCUCACCGUCGGUGUCAUUGUUUCCUGGACUUGGUUGUGGAUGCUCAUGUUUACCCGUGUGUUCCUCGGAGGACAUCUUUCCAGCUCGAAAUCAUUCAUUAUUGACGUCAGUAGUUGGUGGCUGGGAGUCUAUUUCGUCUUAGUCUUCCUGUGGUCUCUGGGGGUCAUCGCUGGAAUUCAACGAGCGGUCACGGCUGCAACUGUGAGCCAAUGGUAUUUCCACCGUUUAGCUGUACCGACGCCUACGUCUCUCCAGAUUGUGAGGGCGGCACUGGUUCAUGCUCUCACGACACUCUUCGGCACAAUAUGCCUAUCAACACUUCUAGCACUAUUACUUAGACUUCCUUUACUUGUUUUGCCGCGACGCAUCUCGUCUAUUCUCACCCUAUGUGCUUAUUCUCUCAUUCCUACCCCAAUAGCAGCUCUCACCAAUCCUCUAGCCCUGACUUAUGCGGCCAUUCACUCUCAACCACUUUCAAGGUCUGCCCGUGGCCUCACUCAGAUGCCAUUCUUUUCUUCGACCACAACCACUUCCCUGAACCCACCGUCCUUCUCUCGAAAAUCAAGCAACUCUGCGCCACUUCUUCCAUAUCGGCUAUCCAAGCUAAUUUUGCAUGCCUCUCGUUUCGCCAUGUCGCUUGCUCUUGGCUUUGGUGGAUGGGUAACUACUGCUCGGAGUUUGAAUGUCUCGGACAGUAGCACAGUUCGUGGGUCUUUAUAUGCUUAUAUUGUUGGCUUGAUUGCUGCUGUCAUUGGGUGGGGCAUCCUUGGUACAAUGGAAGGCGUUCUUGCUUGUAUUGUCGAUGCCGCCAUUGUGUGCUGGGCCAGCGAAGUCGGAAAUUCUGGUCGAGAGGCCAGAUAUUGCCGGGAAGCGGGGUGGUUGUUCGGUGAAGACCGGGAUGUAGCACAAGGACACGUGAGACGUUGGGACUGGGUGUGA